UUCUCAAAUAGCUGUUGUGGUUCAAGGCAAGGAUAAGCCGACAUACACUCCUAAUCGUGAUGAUGGGGAUAUGUGUAUUGUUCUUAAUGCUAAAGAUGUUUGUGUUACCGGGAGGAAAUUGACUGAUAAGUUCUACCGUUGGCAUACUGGGUAUGUUGGCCAUCUUAAGGAGAGAAGCUUGAAGGACCAACUAGCUAAGGACCCGACUGAAGUGAUUCGCAAAGCUGUUCUGCGAAUGCUUCCUAAUAACAAGUUGCGUGAUGACCGGGACCCGAAAACUAAGAAUAUUUGCUGAGAGUGACCAUCCAUUUACAGACCGUCCUCUCGAGCCAUAUGUGAUGCCUCCUCGGACUGUUAGGUGAAAUCGCGA